UGGCCAGAGCUCUGGCCCCUGGACUGGGCUUUCGGACCGACAGGGAGCGAACGUUUCUAAAGGUGCCUGAAAGAAAGCGGGCAAGAACCUUUUGUUCCCGGGUGUAGACAGAGGCCAGGAGCAGGCCCGCGGAAGGGCUUCGGUCCUCAAGGUGUGUUGCCUCCAGUCCCCACCAGGGUUGAGUGUGGGCCUGGGCAGCAUGGUGCCCUCUGGCCAGGUGGUGGAGAAGGAGGCGUCCAAGGAGCCUGGACCCGGCCCUGAGCCCCACUCAUGGCGAUGCCUGGUGUUCUACCUCUGCUUCUACGGCUUCAUGUCCCAGAUGCGGCCCGGGGAGAGCUUCAUCACACCCUACCUCCUGGGGCCCGACAAGAACUUCACCCGGGAGCAGGUGACCAACGAGGUCAUUCCGGUGCUGUCCUACUCCUACCUGGUGGUGCUGGUCCCGGUCUUCUUGCUCACCGACUACCUGCGCUACAAGCCCGUGCUGCUGCUGCAGGGCCUGAGCUACGUGUGCGUGUGGCUGCUGCUGCUGCUGGGCCACUCUGUGCUGCACAUGCAGCUCAUGGAGGUCUGCUACAGCAUCACCAUGGCCGCCCGCAUCGCCUACUCCUCCUACAUCUUCUCCCUGGUGCGCCCUGCCCGCUACCAGCGCAUGGCCAGCUACUCGAGGACCGCGGUGCUGCUGGGCGUCUUCACCAGCUCUGUGCUGGGCCAGCUGCUGGUCUCCGUGGGCCAGAUGUCCUUCUCCAUGCUCAACUACAUCUCCCUGGCCUUCCUCACCUUCAGCCUGGUCCUCGCCCUCUUCCUGAGGCGUCCCAAGCGCAGCCUCUUCUUCAACCGCAGUGCGCCUGCACGUGGAGCCUCACCCAGCGAGCUGGACCAGAUGCACCCGGGCCCUGACCAGCCUGUGCGUGGGAAGCUGGGGCGUGCUCUGGGUGCCUGCAGGGACUCUUUCUUGGCGCACAUGCUGUGGGACCUGGUGGGCAGUGCGCGGCGGCCACAGCUGCGCCUCUGGUCCCUUUGGUGGGUCUUCAACUCUGCUGGCUACUACCUGGUAGUCUACUACGUACACGUCCUGUGGAACAAGGUGCUCAUCACCGCCAGCAGCACGCAGGUCUACAACGGCGCCGCAGACGCUGCCUCCACACUCCUGGGUGCCAUCACAUCCUUUGCCGCGGGCUUUGUGAAUAUCCGCUGGGCUCUGUGGUCGAAGGUGGUCAUUGCGAGCAUCCUGGCCGUGCAGGCCGGGCUGGUCUUUCUCAUGACCAGCACCAAGGACAUCUGGCUCUGCUACGCAGCCUAUGUGCUCUUCCGCGGCGCCUACCAGUUCCUUGUGCCCAUCGCCACUUUUCAGAUCGCAUCCUCUCUGUCCAAAGAGCUCUGUGCCCUGGUCUUCGGGGUCAACACGUUCCUCGCCACCAUUCUCAAGACCACCAUCACGCUCAUCGUGUCUGACAAGCGGGGCCUGGGCCUCUCGGUGCACUGCCAGGUGAACCCCAUUUCACACGGUCCUUUUCGGGAGGGAAGCCAUGGUGGGGUCUUGGGAGAGCCUCCUGGUGCCCGCAGGCCCACUGCCUGGGGUGUGCAGAGGGUGGAUCAUGCUCCUGCCAGAAUGAAGAGGUGGGCUGGGGCUCCCUUCUCCAGAGAGCCACUGUGCCCUGCUGAGGAUGAGGGAGUCACUGUGUGGCCUGCGAGCACCGGCCCCUUGGUGCCUCUUCUCUCCCCUCCCUGGGUGGGAGGUGCUGGGCCAGGGGAGGCUGGCCCAUCCGUUUUUCCUUCUGUAGUUCUACUGUGGGCUGAGUCUGAAGGCGUCUCAUUUAGCCCCAACUUCCCCAGCGUCCUCUGAAUGGGUUAUAGUUGUACAUGAGCCUGUGGCCCCCAGAGUGAAGUUGUGCCUAAGUGUGAGUUAGGCCAAGGUCCGUGCCGGAGCCCGCGUGGGUCCUCUGCUCAGCGUGGGGCGUUGAGACUUGACCUUCCUCCACGAAGUGCUUUACGCCUUUGCAGAAGUCCUUUUCUGGAUCUUUAUUCCACCCUGAGCUGUGUGCUAACUUUCCACCACACCACACUGUCUUGGUUACAGAGCUUAAUUGUAGGUUUUGAAGUUGGUCAGACUGAUUUCUCCAAUUUUAUCUUUUUUAAAAAAUUUUCCUACUAUUAUCGCUCUUCGUAUUUCUGUGUACCUUUUAGAGUACUGUCUUUACAAAAAUUCUCGUUUUUUUUUAAAGAGAGUGAGAGAGAGAGAGAAUUUUUUAAUGUUUUCCAUUUCUUGGCGGACACAACAUCGUUGCUUAUAUGUGGUGCUGAGGAUCGAACCCGGGCCGCACGCAUGCCAGGCGAGCGCGCUACCGCUUGAGCCACAUCCCCAGGCCUACAAAAAUUCUUUUUGGGAUUUUAUUAGGAAUUGCACUAAGCAAACAUCAGUUUGGGGAAAGUUGACAUUUAUUGUCUUUCUGUCCAUGAAGAUGGUAUGCCUCUCCAUCUAUUUAAUAAUUUUUGAUUUCCUUAACCAUUUUAGUUUAUAACAUUGAAGUAUUAAGGACUGAACAUGUUAAAUUUAUACUUUAAGUUUUUCAUCUUGGGGGGCACAAUUGUAAAUGAAACUAUAUCUAACGUUUUUUUAAAUAUUUGUUUUUUUAGUUGUAUUGAAUUCAGUCCCUUUAUUUUGUGUAUUUUAAUGUGGUGCUCUCGUGUGCUAGGCAAGCGCUCUACUGCUGAGCCUCAGCGCCAGCCCAAUAUUUAACAUUUACUGUCUCCCUUACCAUAUUGGGGCUGUUGUCAUACCACAGACUGGGUGCAUUAAAGACGAGAAAUUUAU